CCUGUUGGGAUAGGUAAUCUAGCAAUUGCUUUGCUUGAUGAGUUAACCCUAUCAAGCUUAGCCUGCACUCAAAGAACAAAAAAGGGACAUCAAACUUAAUAUCCAAAACCCUUUUACUCCCAAAUCUCAAUUCCAAUUUCUCUUCCCCAAACAUGUCUCUUCAAGAUCAGCCACAGCAACCAGUCCAAGUUUACCCAACAAAUCAGCCACCUUCAUCUCACCACUCAAAUGGGUCUUUUGGAGCAGUUUUCAUUGUCCUUGCCAUAAUACUAGUGAUUUCUGUGGUUGCUUGCGUUCUUGGUCGCCUUUGCAACAAGCGCUACAAUAGCCACAGUAGCAGCAGCAGCCAGAGAGCCCCUAAACAGCACAGGCCACAGGUCCAUGAUUUGCGUCCACGAGAUGAAGGUGAUAUUGAAUUUGGGGUGGACAAAAGAAUGCCACCACCAAUUAUAAGGACCAAAGUGCAAGGGCAAGGUCAUGGUCAUGGUCAUGGUCAUGGUCAUCAUGGUCAUCAUGGUCAUGGAGCAAGCACAGGACCCCAUCGGCAUGUUAAUGAUAACAUGAAAGAAUUUGAAAUGAGAGCUGGUAAUGGAGAAGAGCUUAGAGCAGGUGCAUGAUGGAACUCCAACACACCCUCUUACCCCCUUAUUUCUGUUUAAUCUUCUGUGCUAUUCUGUCUUAGAUUUCCAAUUAUGAUGUUACGCUAAAUGUUAAUUA